AUGGGAGAUAAUACGGCUGUUCUUCUACAAGCAAUGCGGAUGGGUGGCUCGCUUCCACCACAAAUUGUCGAUUACAUGUACGAGAAUGGAGCGUUUCUGUUGUUCCUUGGAUUUCCACAGGCUUCCGAGUUCGGAAUCGACUACAAGUCAUGGAAAACGGGAGAAAAGUUCAAAGGCCUCAAAAUGAUUCCGCCAGGAGUUCAUUUUGUCUACUGCAGUAUAAAGUCUGCUCCGAGGAUUGGGUUUUUCCAUAACUUCAAAGCCGGAGAAAUUGUCGUGAAAAAGUGGAAUGAGGAAAGCGAAACGUUUGAGGACGAAAAAGUCGAGGAGGAUGUAACAUUUCAGGCACAAUAAAACAUUGAAUUUUUUAUUCUUCCAGCAAAUUGGCGAGAAGAAACGGCAAUUGAAAAAUAUGGACUCUUCAUUGGCUCCAUAUCCAUACGAAAACUAUCGGAGCUGGUACGGCUUGACCGAUUUCAUCACACUCGGAACAGUCGAAAGAAUUCACCCUAUUUUGGGUCGGAUCACAUCUCAAGCUGAGUUGGUCAGUCUUGAGACGGAGUUCAUGGAAAACGCUGAAAGAGAGCACAAGGAAUCGCAUUUCCGGAAUAGGGUCGACCGGGAGAAUCCGGUGCGCACACGUUUCGUUGAUCAGCAUGGACUGCCUAUUAUGAAAAUCCGAGAAGGAUAUGAGAUACGCUUCCAGGAGAUACCGCCGCUCACCGUAAGUCCGUCUUUAAUUUCACGAACCUAUUGCGCCUUUUUCAGCUGAGUCAAAAUCGGGUUGGCAUCGAGUAUUCGGACAGAUUAUACCGCCUUCUCCGAGGACUUGGCGGCGAUUGGAAGCAAUUGUUGGCUGAGAUGCAGAUCGCUUUCGUCUGUUUCCUACAGGGGCAAGUGUUCGAAGGAUUCGAGCAAUGGAAACGCAUCAUCCACCUGAUGUCCUGCUGUCCGAACUCACUGGGAUCCGAAAAAGAGCUUUUCUUGUCGUUUAUCAGAGUGGGUUUCAUCAUGAAAGUUUCAUGAGAAAAAGAAGCAAAGCCAUUUUCACGUGACUUUUGUAAAAUAGUCCAUUUCGCUGUUUUCGCAGAUUUGAAACUUUGUUUUCACAAAUACUCGCGUAUGGGCACUAUGUUUCAAAAUUAAAUUUCGCCACGUUGACAAGAUGAAACUGAGAAUGAUUUUCACGUGACUUUUGCAGGUACUCUUCUUCCAACUGAAGGAGUGCCCCACUGAUUUCUUCGUGGACAUAGUUUCUCGCGAUAACUUCUUGACAACAACGCUGUCAAUGCUGUUCGCCAAUAUCAGAGGUACGAACUAAAGAAUGGUCGAACUGCAUUUCCAUCUUCAAAUAAACGUUUUUCAGACUCUGCACACGCCGGCGACGAUCUUAAAAAGAAAACGGCCCAGUUCAAACAGUAUCUAACGAAUCAGUUCAAAUGGGACUUUGAUUGCGAGUGA